GUUUCGUGCUAUAAUUUCUCUAGUAAAGAGGCUGCGUCCGCUCCGAGGGUUUCGUCAUUCCUGUCACCAUCAGGCCUGCUGAAAAUGCUGCGAGUCAGGUGUCUGAGAGGAGGUAGCAGGGGCGCUGAGGCCGCUCACUUUAUCGGAGCUAUGUUUGGCAGAGCGGUAACGGGCUGGGUGCAGCGCGCAUUCCAGAGCACCUCCGCCUCAACUGCAGCCGUCCAGCGAGGUGUGGUGGAGGAGGACACGGUCCCCAGGUCUGCCGACCCCGUUACUCAGGAGUGUCCCGUCUGUUCCUACAAUGAGUGGGACCCGCUGGAAGAAGUCAUUGUUGGAAGAGCCGAGAACGCCCGAGUGCCCCCUUUUACAGUGGAAGUCAAGGCCAACACGUACGAGAAGUACUGGCCCUUCUACCAGAAGCAUGGGGGUCACAGCUUUCCGGCCGAUCACCUGAAGAAGGCCGUCGCUGAGAUAGAGGAAAUGUGCAAUAUUCUGCGUCUGGAGGGCGUCGCCGUCAGAAGACCAGAGCCCAUUGACUGGUCUGUCGAAUAUAAAACCCCUGAUUUUGUAUGUACAGGAAUGUAUGCUGCUAUGCCGAGGGACAUCCUUCUCGUUAUUGGGAAUGAGAUCAUCGAAGCCCCGAUGGCUUGGCGAGCUCGCUUCUUUGAGUACAGAGCUUACCGGCCUCUCAUUAAAGAGUAUUUCAGACGAGGCGCAAAGUGGACAACAGCUCCGAAACCUACCAUGGCUGACAAAUUAUACGACCAGGACUACCCUAUCCGCACAGUAGAAGACAGACACAAGCUGGCAGCAGAAGGGAAGUUUGUCACCACCGAGUUUGAACCGUGCUUUGAUGCUGCUGACUUCAUUCGAGCUGGGAGAGAUAUUUUUGUCCAAAGGAGUCAGGUGACAAACUACAUGGGAAUUGAAUGGAUGCGCAGACACCUCGGGCCGGACUACAGAGUCCAUGUCGUUUCCUUUAGGGAUCCUAAUCCCAUGCAUAUUGACGCCACUUUCAACAUCAUUGGACCGGGCCUGGUGCUGUCCAACCCAGAUCGCCCUUGUCGUCAGAUCGAGAUAUUCAAGAGAGCAGGAUGGACCGUCGUUCACCCUCCCACCCCUUUAAUCCCAGACGACCACCCGCUGUGGAUGUCCUCCAAGUGGCUGUCCAUGAAUGUCUUAAUGCUGGACGAGAAACGGGUGAUGGUUGAUGCCAAUGAGACCAGCAUCCAAAAGAUGUUUGAAGGGCUUGGAAUAAAGACCAUCAAGGUAAACAUCCGCCAUGCCAACUCCCUGGGCGGGGGCUUUCACUGCUGGACCUGUGAUGUCCGACGUCGGGGGACCCUGCAGUCCUACUUCAACUAGCCCUGCCAGACUGGACCGGACCGGACCGGACCGGACCUCUGCACACGAGUUCACAAAUGCCUAUUGAUUCUCCCUUUGCCGAUUCUAACAGUGCAUGGCCUGUGGUGUUCAACAGUGCUGUACUUCACGGUGUUUGUUUCCAAAAGCUUUGCUCUUUGCUCGUUCUGAUCAGCAGACUAUCUCAGUUUUACCCUGGUCAUCAAUGGUACCAUCUUCUGGGCUGACUGCAGCGAAACAGGGGAAACCAGGAAGUAGAUUUCAGGGGCUUCUUUCAGGGUUGCUAUUGGCCAAGAAGCAAGACUUUCUUUUAUAUUUCAGUGCAAUACUACCUCUAUUUGGAAGAAAAAAAUGAACACAAGUUGUAUAUUCUAGAUAUUGAUGCCUUUUAGUUUCCUUUAAGUAAUUCAUAUUUACUUAAAGACAGGUUCAUUUAACACAGUUUAUGUUUUAAUAGUAUAACAGAUCAAACAUGGUCAUUAUUCAUUAUUGACUCGUUUACUCAGGUAUUUUUUAAAACUAUUUAUUUGGGUGUUACUCAUUUUUACCCUUUAGCAUUUUUUAAAUUUCUGUUUCCCCUUUUGCUGCUGUAUAUCUGCAUAUUGUUGCACUUCUUGUUCUAGGAAAGUACCUCAAAAAUAUUUUGUAUUAUGCUGAAACUAAUGUAUGUAUUUGAGACCUCACUCCUCAUGUGCAGUUCCAUCUUAUGCCAAGUCUGCUUUUACUCUUUAUUUAAGAUUUGUAUUAUAGCCCUUAUUUUUCCAGAUAAAUGAACGAAGAAUUAAUUCUCAUUUUCACAUAACAUGAGUCUGCAUGAGUCUGCUGGUUUUAUGAAUGGAGUGGGCUCUACAGUUUGAGAAAUACUUCCCAGCAAGGUGCAGCUGAAAGAAUCCCAUCUCAAUAACAAAGAAAAAUGUUAUAAGAACUCCUCUACACAGCAUGUUUAAAUUUUUGAUCCAAGCCCACUGUAAAUUGCUGCUUUAAAGUCUUAAUAUUAAGAGGAAUGGUUUAUAUACCGUGUUGAUCAACUCAAAUGCCUUUCCUACAUAGUAAUCCAGGAAGAAAGCUCAACCAAUAUAGUAGUCGCCUUGAUAAAUCACAUAGUGUAAUUCUCUAUUAGAAUUAAAUUCGGAGUGUAAAAUAUAUCACAUGGGAAAGUAAGUAUCUGCAAUAUACCAGUGUUUUAUAGCUUCCACAUGAAUUAUAAAACAGGUUUGAUUAUAGCGGCUUAACUUUCCCUUUUUGCUGUCAGUCUGCAUGUAACUGUGUUUUUUAAUGCUAAUAAAAGAUCGAUAUAAAAUA